UUCUUUCCUCUCCUCACAAACAAUUUCACAGCCUGUGUUCUUUCCUCUCCUCUGUCCAUGCUUCUUUCUUUCCUCUCCUUUGAUCUGUACGUGAUUGCAAGCUGCUGCUGCUGUGCUUCGGUGCUUCCAUCCCACCAACAGGUCUUGAAGUUGGUGGAUGGUGAUGUUAAACCAACAAUGGGAUUUCUUUAUGAAGCAAUUGAUAGAGCCAAACAAGCUAUUGAGAAAAAUUGUCGCUACCACGCUUAUUAUAAUUCAAUCAUUGACAGCAGAUGGGUUUUCAUGCAUUCUGAUUUGCACGCAGCAGGUUAUUUUCUCAAUCCACAAUUCCAAUUUGGAGUAGUCCAUGGAAGAGAUGUAGCUAGGGAAACCUUGGAUGGAACCACAAAAGUAAUAAGAAAAUUAGAACCAAACAUUAAUAUUCAAAUAAGAGCUAACAAUCAGUUAUUACUUUUUCGGGAUAAGCAAGAGUCCUUUGGAACUCCACAAGCUCAACAAGCAUGGCGUGGAACGGAUCCUGCUGAAUGGUGGCUGUUAUAUGGAUCUUCUGCUCCUGAACUUCAAAGAAUAGCUGUAAGAGUUCUAAGCCAAACAACUUCAGCUUCAAACUGUGAGCGAAAUUGGAGUACCUUUAGUUACAUCCAUACAAAGACGAGAAACAGAUUGAAGUAUAAAAAACUACAGAAGCUUGUCUUUGCAUAUUAUAACAUGAAGCUACAAAAUAGGAGCACCAUGAGAAGAAGUCAGGAAGAAAUUGAAAAAAACUUUAGUCCUAUCAACCUUGAUCAUAUAUUUCAAGAAGACCCUUUAUCUCCAUGGCUUGAAGAGAUAGAGGGACCAUUGUUGGAUGGAAUUCAAAAUGCACAGUGGCUCCCUAUUGAUUCUGAUGAUGACAUUGAAGAAAUACCCAUUGAUGUUGAUCACUCAAAUUCAGGUCAUACACCUAGUCAAAGUGGGGAAGGUGGUUUAAGUCCACCAAGUGAUGAAAAUAGUGGUGGCAAUGGUGGCGGUGGUAAUCAAGAACAAGUUUAUGGAAUAAGUGAAGGGUCACAUCAUUCUUUUCAAGAAGAAGCAUAUGAUAGGCGUGAUCAAAAUUUAUUGUCCCGUCGAAUGGAAGAAGAAUCAUGUGAAGAUAUGACUGGUGGUGGUAGUAGUAACCCUAGCAGAGGUCGAGCUAAACGUGGUAAAAGUAAAAAGAAAGCUAAUCCAUUGGAUGAUUCUUCGUCGUCAAGCGGAGUACAAUCAUAUGGUGAUUUUGGUUUUGUUGCACCAUUUGAAGGUAAUCAAGGUAAUUUUCCAUCAUAUUACCAAAAUCCUUCUUAUAUGCCACACGGGUAUUAUCCAUAUAUGUCAAACCCAAACAUGCCAUUUUAUAAUGACGCUCCUAUGAAUUAUAACGAGUCAUCAACAAAUUCUUCAUAUGAUUACCAACAAAUAGAACCACCAAGAAGUUCUGGAUUGUUUGAUUAUGUCUUUGGAAGAAGUGGAAAUAACAAUGAUGAAGGUGAUAGUGGAAGUUAUGAUCCUGCACGUCGUUCUACCAUGUGGUGA